AUUAGAAAUGAUCCGUUUUUCUUAAUUAUUCUCCCUCCCUCAACGAAUUUUCGUCGCUUCCCUCAAAUUAGAUCUCUAGACGAACUUUUGUGAGAAUUGUUACGAUCUUACCAAGGUUAGGCGUUCUUCUGUGGAUAAAAGUGGUUCAAAGAAGAUGAAUCAUUGCAACCUUCAGCAGAACGCCUUCAUGUCCCCCCAUGACGAAUCCAGAGGAUCUAUUGUUCCUGUCUCUUCUGUUUUUUGUCCUAAGCCCCGUCGUGUUAGCAUUCUCUCCAAUAACGUUAUUCAUCCGUGCAGAUCACAUUCUAGUCAACCAGGAGCAGCUGAUGUAUGUGAUUCUAAAGCCGGGGCAGAGCUUUUGGACAUCCUUCGUAGAAAGGAAGAAACAUUGUCUGGUGGAGCUUCAUCACCUCCAUUCUUCCUCGGGUCUCCCCCGAGCAGAGCAUCAAACCCGUUAGCUCAAGAUGCACGAUUUGGAGAUGAGAAACUCAACCUUGUUUCACCCUCACUCUCAACAUUCCUCACAUCUCCAUCUCCAUCGCCAUCUCGUGUCAAAGGAGGGGGCUGUGGUGGUCGAGUGAAGUUCGGGCUUAAACCCGCAGCUGUUAGAGUUGAAGGGUUCAACUGCUUAAACAGGGACCGCCAAAGCUCAAACAUAUCUGCCAUGGCUUAGAAGAAGAAGAAAGAAGAAGGAACAAAGAUUCACAAAGUGUAAAUAAAAAUCCAGAAUCAAGACUAUAUAUAUCUUUGAAGAUCGGUCUACAUCACCACAGUUUUCUUUUAACUUUUGAGGUCAAUAUUUGUGUAUAUAUAUAACGGUAACAAAGAUGUGUUAUAUUGAGUCUCGUUGUAACAUAUUAAAACCAAUUUGGAGUCUUUGUUCCUUUUCUUUUUUGUCUGUAAAAAAGUUUGUAUAUUAACGUUUUUUUCUUUAUGGAGAUUCUCAAUCUUUGUAAAAUGUAACUUGAAUGCUCUGUAUUAUUCAAACAAGUUUCUGUAUUGGCGCCUAA